AUGCGAGAGUCACGAUCGAAGGUUUUUCAGGAUAUACUAGAGUUUCCGUUGAUUGAUUUGAAUCAGUUACGGAAAGCGUGUUUUUUAGGCUGUCCAGAAAGCUAUACUAUUAGGUCUGUGGUUUGGAAAUUGCUUCUAAACUAUCUUCCUCUCCAAAAGUCGCUGUGGGAUUGCACGCUGUCGAAAGCGCGGACGGAGUAUGAGGGCUUUCUUAUGGAAUUUGUGGCUAACAAGUCGAGGUUGGACAAGUCUGCCGAUCAUCCUUUGAGUAGUGAUCCCUGCAGUAACUGGCGUGAAUACUUUGAUGACAACAGAAUUCUGCUGCAGAUAAAUAAGGACUGCCGUCGGCUAUACCCAGAACUUGAUUUUUUUCGGCGCCCAACUCAGUAUCCGUGUAACGAGGCUUUUUCCGUAAAUGUCAGCGUUUCUGACUUGCGCAAUCGCAUUGAAACUGAACUAACCCGUUCACAUGAUGUUGCAGCGAAUACUAUUGGUGCCCUGAAGCUGGUGACCAGUUGCGAUAGCAUCCGGGGUUCAAACUCCUUGUUGCGGGCGGCGUGCGACGAGUCUUUCGUAAAAGACGGGUCUACUGACGAUGCGCAAAGUAAUGAACUAUCUGGUCGUCUGGAGAUGCACUGGGAGGUGGUGCAACGCAUCAUAUUCAUUUUCUACAAAAUUAACAAAGGUUCUUCCUAUGUUCAGGGCAUGAAUGAAGUGGCUGGCCCUAUCUACCACGUUUUUGCCAACCAUCCCGAUCCUGAGGAACGCCGCUUUGCCGAAGCGGAUACAUUUUUCUGCUUCAACAACCUGAUGGCAGAAAUUCAGAGUGUCUUCAAUCGCAACUUUGAUCAAGAUAUCGGGAUCGGUAGCAAGAUGGAGCAGAUGAUGCAUCUGCUAGAAGUUUUCGAUCCUGAGCUCCUUCAUCAUCUCGAUCGCCUCCAUUUAGAACCUGCACAUUUUGCUUUGCGUUGGAUCACCCUCUUGCUCGCUCGCGAGUUUCUCCUUCCAGAUGCCUCUAUGUUCUCCGACUUUGGGACUGCAUUCUCGCUGACGAGCACCGAUUCGAUCUGGUCCUGUACAUAUGCUGUUCAAUGCUCAUGUAAUGUUGCACGGUUUGUUGAGACUGCUUUUUUAUUGACCCAUCCCUUUUGGUCAUGUAAAUCACCCGUAAACAGCACCUGCCUUUUCGGCCAUAUAAAUCCAAUUAAUGUGCAACAUACACAGAGUGUACCGUUCGUAUCCAUUUCACUUUCAAAGGUUCUGCUUCUUUUCUACAGGUUAGUUAGAAGCAAAUUGUUGGAUUGUGAUUUCCCUCGAGCCGUUCACCUCCUUCAGAAUUAUCCGUACACCGACGUAGGAUGCAUAAUUUCUCACGCGUUGGAUUUGUAUAAUAAUCAUUGCGGGAUUUGA